GAACGCCGAUUGGCGGGGAGGUGUGCCCGGAAGUGACCCGCGCAGAAGCCCACGUGCGCGGGACCCUGGCACAUGGCGGCGCUCUGGAGGAGGCUUCCGCAGCCCGGGACGCUCCCCGCGGCUUUGGCUCGCCCCAUGGGUCGGCGUGAGGCCAGUCUGGGCGCUGACCUCGGGGCAGCGGUGCGAGUGCGGUUCGCCCCCAGCCCCACAGGCUUCUUGCACCUGGGGGGCCUCCGCACUGCCCUUUACAACUACAUCUUUGCCAAGAAGCACCAGGGGAGCUUCAUCCUGCGGUUGGAGGACACAGAUCAGACCCGCCUUGUGCCUGGGGCAGCAGAGAAUAUCGAGGACAUGCUGGAGUGGGCAGGCAUCCCCCCUGAUGAGAGCCCCCGGCGGGGCGGCCCUUCGGGGCCCUACCAGCAGUCCCAGCGGCUCGAGCUGUAUGCCCAGGCCACAGAUGCGCUGCUGCAGACAGGAGCUGCCUACCCCUGCUUCUGCUCACCGCUUCGGCUGGAGCUCCUCAAGAAGGAGGCCCUGAGGAGCCAUCAGACACCCCGAUAUGACAAUCGGUGCCGGGACCUGAGCCAGAAGCAGGUGGCCCAGAAGCUGGCCACAAACCCCAAGCCCGCCAUCCGCUUCCGCCUGGAGGAGGAGGCACCAGCAUUCCAGGACCUGGUAUUUGGCUGGAACCGGCACCAAGUGGCCAGUGUGGAGGGGGACCCGGUCAUCCUGAAGAGCGAUGGCUUCCCCACUUACCACCUGGCCUGUGUGGUGGAUGACCACCAUAUGGGCAUCAGCCACGUGCUGCGGGGCUCCGAAUGGCUUGUCUCCACCUCCAAGCACCUGCUUCUCUACCAGGCACUGGGCUGGCAGCCACCUCGCUUUGCCCACCUGCCCCUGCUUCUCAACGGGGAUGGCAGCAAGCUGUCCAAGAGGCAAGGGGACAUUUUCCUGGAGCAUUUUGCUGCUGCUGGCUUUCUGCCUGAUGCCUUACUUGACAUCAUCACAAACUCUGGCUCGGGGUUUCCAGAGAACCAGAUGGGCAGGACCCUGCCUGAGCUGAUCACGCAGUUCGACCUGACCCGGAUCACCUGCCACUCAGCCCUGCUGGACCUGCAGAAGCUCCCAGAGUUCAACAGGCUGCACCUCUGCCGGCUGGUGAGCAGUGAGACCCAGAGGCAGCAGCUGGUGACGAAGCUGCAGGCGCUGGUGGAGGAGGCGUUUGGGCCCCAGCUGCAAGAUAGGAAUGUCUUGGACCCCAUGUACGUGGAGAGGAUCAUCUUGCUGCGACAGGGUCAUAUCUGCCGCCUGCAGGACUUGGUCUCCCCAGCAUAUUCUUACCUGUGGACUCGCCCUGCCGUGGACCGAGCGCAGCUCAGCGCCAUCUCAGAGAAGGUGGACGUGAUCGCCACGCAUGUGCUGGGGCUUUUAGAAAGAUCUGAGACAAGCUUAAGCCAAGAUACGCUGAAUGGAGAACUGAGGAAGCUGUCAGGAGGGCUGCAAGGCACCAAGCACAACAUCGUGAUGCAACUCCUCCGCAUGGCCCUCAGUGGACAGCUGCAAGGACCUCCUGUAGCUGAAAUGAUGGUGUCCCUGGGACCAAAAGAAGUGCGGGAACGAAUCCAGAAGGUGCUUGCCAGCUAGGGAAAAGGUGUGCAGCACAGUGGAGGUGGCCCGGGAUCCUGUGGACUUGGAAGCUGCCUUCGGAGGAGAGGCGAUGGCAGCCUGGGGCCCAUCAGGAAGGGAAGGAAUCAAGGAAGCGAGAGUGGAAACGGCGUGCACACAGUGCCUACGGCUCCACAGCAGACCUGUCCUCAUCACUGGCCAAGGAAGCCUAGCCCGGCUGUCUUCAUCACUUCCUCAUCACUGAGACACAGCAGCCAACACCCACAACUCUAACGGGGAGAGGCUCAUCAUACCUCAGUUUGUGCAGGUUCAGUCCAGAGUGCCUGGCUGCGAGGCAGGGCAGCAGGGCAGAGGAGAAGGAAGUCAGGGCAUGGUGACAGGAAGCAGAGGGCAGUUCAGGGAGGAGGGAGAUAGAGCUCACCAGGCCACACCCCAGUGACCACCUCCCCUACCAGACCGUCUCCCAGCAUCACCUUCGGAUGUAAGCCCAUCAGUGGACCCGUCCACUGUGAGGGUCACAUACUCGUGAUCCCGUUGCCUCCCAAAAGCUGCACCUAGGAGCAAGUGGGAAUUCAGGGGGACCUCUAGAUAUAAACCACAAAACCAGCUCACCUCGACUCUGGAAAGGAGGCCUCCUGUCUGGCUCUUCAUGCCACAUUACACAGCACAGAUUAGGAGUUGGUUCAGAAAAGUCAGCAUCCCAACAUAGUGCAGAAGGCUUAGGUAUUAGUCUGCAAGGGUCACCAUAGCAAAAUCCCCCAGAACUAGAGAUUUGUUUUGCAUAGUUGUGGAAGCUGGAAGCCCGAGAUCCAGUGGCAGCAGGGUUGGUUUCUCAUCUUGGCUGACACAGCUGUCCUCCUCCUGUGGCUUCCCAGGGCCUUCCCUGUGUGUGGGCACACACCUCCCUCGUCUCUGUGUCCUGAUAUCUUCCACUGGACAUCGUCAGGUGAGAUAAGGGCGCACCCCAGCAGCCUCAUUUAACUUGACCCCUUUUAAAGGCCUGUUUCUACAUAUGGUCCACAGUCAGGACUACGAGGUAGACCUGCCACAUACGACUUUGGGGGACACAGUUUAGCCCGUAAUGAGUCUGGACUGAUGGAUCCUGGUUCUUAGGCCCACUUUAGGGUUAUGACAGUAACAGACAAUUGACAAAAACAGGAGUGAACUGGACGUAGAGCUAUCUUUAGGACUACAGGAGGAAGGUAUUCGUGUGCCAGGGGUUAGCACCAGUGUUUUGUGCUCUUUGUCCUCAGACCUUGGGCAGCUUUGUCUCCUUAAAGGCCGUGUUCUCUUCUGGUUCUCCAAACAUGGUCCCUGGGCUGGAGGCCUUCCCUGCCUGUUUUGUGUGUUUUCUUCAUAUCUGCCCCUUCUUCCACCAUUACUUGUAAUGAUUUUUGAUGCUAUCUUCUUUGGGUCCUAGGUGACUAGGAAUAGCUAAAGAGCAAGGAGGAUAGUGGCUGGCUGCAAACCCGUCCACAGGGCUGCUAGUCUUCCCCUCUGGGCAGCCCCUGUGGUGUCUGUGCAUGUUCUUAGCCUCCUAGGAAUCAGCCUUGUUGUGGUUCCUACCCACAUUUACUAGGGCCAACUUGUGUAACCAGUAGGCUAUUAAAGAAAUGACAUCCAGGCCAGGGAUAUAGCUUAGUGGCACCAUGUUUGCCUCACAAGCACAAGGUCCUAAGUUCAAUCCCUGGCACUGGAAAAAAAAUUUUUUAGUAAAGAUAAAGAGAUGACAUCUGGGAAUGUUGGUGCAUGCCUGUAUUCCCAGCACUUAGGAGGCUGAAGCAGGAGGAUUGCUGUGAGUUUGAGCUGAGCCUGGACUACAUAGUGAGACUGUGUCUCAAAAAACCAAAAGAGGGCCAGGGAUUUAGUUCAGAGGCACCACGCCUGCCUUGCACGUGCAAGGUCCUGAGUUCAAUCCGCAGUACCGCCCCCCAAAAAAUGAUAGAGCUUGACUUGCGCUCGAGCCUGUGCCAUAAAAUCCAUUAUGGCCUCUUAUCUUUUUCUGAGACAGGGCUUUGAUACAUCGUCCAUCUGAUUUUGAACUUCCUACUUACCCUAGGCUGGCCUCGAACUUGUGCUUCUCCUGCCUCAUCCUCCCAAGUUCUGGAAUUGCAGAUUUGUACCACCAUGCCAGCCAUGCCUUCCAUCUUCUCUUGAGUGUCUGCUUUUGGGGGAAUCCAACUUCUAGGUCAUGAAGCCACUCUUGCAAUACAGUGGAGGGGUCCUCUUGAGACCUGUGCAUGGGCCAUGCUGGGGGAUCCUCAGCUCCAGCCUGGCACUCUUCUAACUGCACUCCUGGCUGACUUGACAGUCCUGGGGUCUGAACCAAGACCUUUGCACUGAGCCACAUCUCAGCCUUUUAUUUUGAAGCAAGGCCUUGCUAAAUUACCCAGGCUCUCCCCCGCCCUGUACCAGGGAUUGAACUCGGGACCUUGCGCUUGUGAGGCAGGCAAGGUGCCACUGAGCUAAAUCCCCAGCCCAGCUCUGAACUUCUUAUUUCAACUUUUGUGGGAUACCCAGAGCUGAACUCAGCAGUGCUGCUCUGGAACUGCAGACAGGUGAACGCUGAGGUAGUAAACAUUGUUUAAAGCCACUUGCCGGUGGGGGCACUUGAGGCCUAGUAAUAGUCAACCACCAUUCUCUGCUUGCCUUCGGGGUGGGGACAGGAAUUAAGUUUUUUGAGCCUCCUAGAGUUCAGUCUUUGCUUAAAGAGUACAUCCCAAAAGUUCUUCAAGCCAGCAAGGGAAGCUCUGCCUAACUGAAGUUUAUUGGAGACUCUGAGAGCAAAAGAAUCCUGGAAAAGCCAGAGAACCAGAUCUUGGAAAAGACAAGAAGUGGGCCUCAAAGAGCUAGCAGCAGUCUUGUCUGAGUUCUGCAGUGGGAACAGAUUAACAAAGUUUCUGUUGCUGUUUUUUAUUUCUCUGUUUUCCCUUCAGUUUCGGUCGCCUGAGCAAAAGACAAAUUGUAACUCAUCUAACUGCCUAGCUGAGGUCAUGUCCCCAUUCCUUAGCCAGGCCAGGAAUGUAUAGUCCCCCAGGCAUUAUAUCCUGUGCAGGAAAAGUUCCCAAGAAAACUAGGGGUCUUUUGCCAGAGGAUGGGACAAUGGCAGAAACGAGGUGUUUACUGGAGGGGGACACAGAAUAGUAACAGUUGUGAUGUGUUUUGUACUUAUAUCAGCCUGGACUGCCUAGGUUCAGAUGAUGCUGGUAAAUGCUUCAGCUCAGUAUCAUUAAACCUUCCUGAGCGAGGUGCUGUAA